AUGUCUGACAUACAACUCUACCUCUUCGAGGUGGACAAGAACAAGGCCGAAGCCUCGAGAAUAGCGGCCGAGAGCGCUGACAAGCUGGACAAGAAGCAGCUCAAACUAAUCAACCUCAUCACAAGCCUCGAGGAGUACAUCAACAACAAAGAUGACAGUGCUGUUCGUGGCAAGACGGUGGCAUAUCUUGCCGAUGUGCUAGAGAAACUCCCACCCAAGACGCUUUCGCUGCAGGAGCGCCGAUUGCUGACGGACUUCAUUCUCGGAAGAAUUCCUGGCGAUGUCGCAGGUAUAGGCGCCUCCGCGCGAGCACUGCUCGCUCUGGAGGAACGAGGGAAAUGGGAUACUGAGACUGUACAAAAAGUGAUGCGGACUUUUCUGGACCAUACGACUCCGCUACGGCAGUUCAAGCUCCAGACUGAACGUUUCCCGGUUGUCCAGCUGAUCGACCUCUUGCUGGCAAAGUAUCGAUCUGCAAUCAAACAGCUGAACGAUCAAGACUCCGAGCUCAUACCAGGGAUCGUGUCGUAUUUUGAAGGAGAAAAGGAUCCCAGGAACCUCAUGAUUGUUUUUUCACUUCUACAGGUUCCGAUGGCGGAAUGGGAUAUCCGGGCCUACGCGCAAGACAUGUUUGACGCAGUCUUCAACUAUUUCCCCAUCACGUUCAAGCCUCCACCCGACGACCCCUACGGCAUCACAGCCCAAGAUCUCAAGGACAGGCUCCGCGACUGUAUCGCAGCCAACUCAGACUUUGCCCCGUACGCUUUCCCCGCCCUUUUGGAUAAAUUGGACUCGACUUCAAUGAACACAAAACGAGAUGUGCUUCACACGAUACAGGCUUGCACCAUCAGUUACUCAAUCAACACCAUCAACUUAUAUGCUGUUCCCCUAUGGGAUGCUUUAAAGUUUGAGAUCAUCAAUGUGCAAGAAGAGGACCUUGCCGAGGAGGCGCUAAAGGCUUUGGCAUUGAUUGCUGGCAAGCUAGGCGUGGCCGAGAGUCCACUCAAUGCUUACCUGCGACCUGUCAUAAAAGAAUGCAACGAACAUCUUGAAGAUGCGCCUACCAAGCAAUCACAGGGAGCUGGGCGCAUCGUUCUCGCUGUGGCGAAGGCCGGUCCUCUCGUAGCCGACAAAAUUGCCAAAGGCAUGUUGCCAGUAUUGUUCUCAUUGUAUGCCUCCUCGGCCUCUAUCGCAAAACGGAGAGGCUUGUUGGAGGUCUAUAACAAUCUGGUUCAGGCUUAUGGUGAGCUGCAAGCCAGUGGGAAAGAGCCUGCUCUGGAAGCCUUGCAAGCUUUCCUCGAUGAGGCACUAAACGCCAUGCUGCACGCACUGGCCAAGGCGCCGAAGGCAGAGGUGUCGUUCCGCCUAACCGCGCUCAACGGCCUGAUACAGCUGGUCAGCGUCAAAAGGCUUUUAUCUGAAGAGAAGGUGGGCUUGGCGGUAAGAGCGAUCAACGAGGUAGUGCUUCAUGAGAAGAUCACUGGCCACGGUGACAUCCGGGCUGAAGCCAUUGCUGCGCUCUUGGAGCUCGCAGCUGCUGUGCCGGAAACAAUUCGUAACCAAACUAUCCCGGCAUUUAUGGUUGAGCUGCCGGAUCAAUCGGACGACAGACAGACGUAUCGACCCGCGCUGGAGGCUUUCGCGCAGCUGAGCCACGAACAACAAAUUUUUGACACGAUAGUGCUCCGGCUGAAGAACAAGCUAAAGGCGGCACAAGCGCAGGAGGCUACAGGCACAUUCCAACGAGAUCUGCUCCUCGCCAUACUCUACUGCUUCACUCGAGGGUCUCCGCUUAGGGCAGAAGAUGGCAGCAUCAGAAGCGACUAUUAUACAGACUAUGCCGAGCCUAUGAUCAAGCAGUUGCGCGAGACCUCACCGGAGGGCAAAGAUGAUGCCACUGCUGACAUUGUUGGUCGUCUUGCAAACCAUAUACUGCGCCAGCAAUCGCCUCACUUCCAGGCUACAGUAUACAACACGGACCUGGAGUGGCUGUCGCCAUCGACGGCAGUCAACGUUGCGAUCGUUCGCCACCUGUCCCUUUUGGUCAAUAAAUUCCUGGAACCAAAGAGCCUUGAGAACUCAGUGCAGCUUGCUGGAAUCGAUGUCCAGGCCCUACUUGCGGAUCACGAAGACACAACCAAGAGCAACAUAGCUUUUGCAGUUCUCAAAGCAAUUAUGGUGCAGGGCAAAUGUGGUGCUCUCACUUCAGCGUACUUGCAAACGCUUCUAGAAGUGCUUCCCCGUGCCGAUAAGUCGUUUGCGAGGAGAUUUGCUGGGCUGCUAGCACCAGACGACAUUUUGUCCAAAGAUAAUCACUGUGCCAUCACAGGACUGUACAAGCAGCGUGCAUUCAACCAGCUCGUCAGACCUAUCGUUGAGCGCGUCCAGGUGGCAGAUUCGUCUGCCAAGAUCAACUAUCUCACUGCCAUGUCUGGUGUUCUGCAAUGGCUGCCGUACUCGGUCAUUGAACCAUCUCUUCUCAGCCUACUACCGCCGUUGCUGCAGUGCAUGGAUCUGAGAGAUGCUCAGGACCAAACAGUCAAAUUCUCUACGCUGGUCAUGUUUGAGUCUCUGCUCAUGCAUGAUCCUACAAUUGCCGCAGAGCACUCUCGCUCGCUGAUCAUGCGUCUGCUCGAUGCGACUCAAGCACCAGACAACGAAGCUCUAGUCCGGUCGAAAGCUUUGAGGUGCUUGGCACUGAUACCGAAACAACUGAAGCAGGAGGCGGUGAUGCCGCAUCGACGGCCGGUGGUGAAGAAGCUGCUGAUGUGUCUCGACGAUAGCAAACGAAGCGUCAGGCUUGAAGCAGUGAAGUGCCGGAGUGCUUGGUUGGCGCUGGAGGAGGGCACCGAGGAUGAUGAGUAAGGAACCUGGAAAUGAGUGUGGAAACACUAGGAGGUACCACGCGAUCCUUGUUGCACUGGCGCGCGAACACAUCGCGCACAGCACAGACUUUCGUUACACCAGCAUGAUUGUGUCUUGGGUCUUGCGCACGUGGAAACUGCUGGGCGUUGAUAACCUAGUCGAUAGCUCGAAGAGGUAGUUCUAUUCUAUCCGAAUUUAGAAGGUAUCGUAAC